AUGGAUAAUCAGCAGUUAAUUGCUAAAAUUAUAUUAACUAUUUUAAUUAUAACUAUAUUGUCUGUAAAAUCAUUGAAUACAUCAAAUGAUUUAUUAAACAAAUUGAAUGUCGAAAAAUUGGUUGCCAUAAAAUAUGAUCACAAUAUUUGCUACGAAAGCGGUCAUAUUAAAUGUAAUUUAAUAUCAAAAUAUCGUACAUUGGAUGGCACGUGCAAUAAUGCUAAAAAUCCUUUUUGGGGCAAAUCAAGCGCAUGUUUUUCACGUAUUUUGGGACCGGCCUAUGGAGACGGUAUAAAGUCGCUCCGGUUGGCACACAAUAAGCAACCCCUGCCAAACACCCGUAGCAUAACUAAUGCACUUAUGCCCGACAAAUCGGUCUACGACACCAAACUGACCGGUAUAGUUGUCGGCUACGGACAGUUUGUAGUUCACGACGCAUCGCGUGCCAGAGGACAACCAGGAGACACGUGCUGCGGACCGCCAUCCAAACGGGAUCCCGAAUGUCUAUCAAUUGAUAUAUUAAGUCCCGAUGAUUAUAUGACUAAACAAUGGAACCAAACUUGUAUGGUUGUGUCACGUGACUUCUAUUGUACUCCCUGUGCUAAAGGUGCUCGCGAACAAAUCAACGAUGAAACACCUGCUAUUGACUUAUCACAUGUUUACGGCCAAAAUGAUAAGGAAUCGCAAGAAUUAAGAUCAGACAGCAAAGGUCAGUUACGUGUUGCUGUUGACACCACAAAAGGUGAGUUUAUUCCACCUCCCGCUGACUUUCCAUCAUGUAAUCCACGCGCGGCACCCGAUAACUACAAGUGCUUUCACACGGGUGACUCUGAUCGGGGAAAUAUGCAUCCAUUGUUGCAAUCAUUUCAGGUGACAUUUCUCAGACGGCAUAACCAACACGCACUGGCAUUACUUAAAUUGAACCCACACUGGGAUGACGACCAAAUUUUCCACGAGGCCAGACGGAUAUCUAUUGCUGAACACCAACACAUUAUAUAUAAUGAGUACUUACCGGCAUCUUUGGGACCAAUACUUACAAAAAUAUUUAAUCUGAAAAGUUUGACCACUGGUUAUACACAAUAUGAUCCGGAAAUCAAUUUCAUUACAGUCAACGAGUUUGCUGUAGGAUCAGCCCGUUUUGGACACUCGCAGAUCAAUGGACCGAUCAAUUUGGAGGCUAAUGGAUGUCCAUUCAAGCGGGCAAAAGAAAUGUUGCGUAAUAACUAUUACGAUCCAACACUUAUAACACAAGGAAAAGCUGGUAGUAUAAUAGCUGGACUGUUACAGGAUAAGGCCGGAACAGUCGAUCAAUAUCAUAGUGUAGAUAUUGAUAACUAUUUUGGUCAACGACACGAUACUAAAGGUGCAAUUGAUUUGGCCGCUACCGAUAUCAUGCGUAACCGGGAUCACGGAAUACCCAGUUAUACAAACUUUUUAGGACUAUGCUAUGGAAUUAAUAUUACAUCAUGGAAUGAUUUGACCCUGCUCAUCACUGCUAAUAAUGUUGAUAACAUUAAAAAAUUUUACAAUCACUGGACAGAUAUUGACCUACAUGUGGGUGCAAUGCACGAGUCAAACCUAUGGGGCUCACACAUGGGUCCCACUUACAGUUGCCUAAAUGGUAUUCAAUUUAAUAAACUAAAGUUUGGCGAUCGAUUCUACUAUGAGCAUGAUAGUCAAUCUGGAUCAUUUAAUAAAGAUCAACUCAAUAAUAUACGCAAAGUAACAACUUUGGGAAGUAUUAUAUGCAAAACUCAACGAAUUAUACAUAAAGUACAGAAAAAUGUUUUCAUUCAGCCAUCCCUUAGAAAUUCAUGGGUUGAUUGCAAUUCAUUGCCUGAAAUUGAUUAUAAAUUAUUCAGUGAUUUAUAA